AUGAGCAGAAGAGAUGCACCCACCUCUCCCUCCAAUGACAAGGAUCAAUCAUCCACCAUCCCCCAAGAUUUCAAUCAACCCAUCCGGAACAACACUGAAGCUUUGUAUCUCAUCGAGUCCAACCUUUCCCGGCCCCCGAACUCCGAGGCUGCCCGCGCCUCUGUACUCUCUAAAUUAGCCGAAUACGACCUUGAUUCAGUCCGUGAAGCCAUUAGCUAUGCACGCCAGAAAGUCUUCGUGGACGAAGAAAACACCACCGACCCUGUCGAAGGAGAUGACUCGGACUUUCCCAAAGAGUAUCAAAUUGAAAUCCUCAGAAAGCGACACAGAACCCUCAAAGCGCAAAGGGAGAAUCUCAUCUUUGAUAAAUAUUUGGCAUACAUAAAGAAUAAGAUUCAAGAACUACAAGGCAGAAAGAAAGAGAUUGAAAAGAGAGCUAUUACAGCGAGGAAGAACUUCGAAACACCAGACUAUGAUAAAAGAAAGCUCAAGAAACACGAGUUGAACGUUGUCGGCACGGUAACUACACGAGUCAAGGCUUAUUGGAAAGACUCCAUGAGUAUGGAGCUAAAGAAAGAGUUGUUGAGGAUACGAAUAGAAGACCUUAUACUGCAUUUAGAUAAGAAUAUUAAAUCAUCGAACCUCGUAGAAACGGUGAUGGACACGGUGGAGUAUGUGAAGGUUGCAAAGAAGUGGAAGUUUUCAAUGUGUUGCUGUUGUGGCCUGAGGUUUUUCGAUGCCAAAUUGAAUGUGGAGCAUAUAAAGCGUGCCCAUUUAGGGUCUUUAUCUAAGAAGUUACUAUCCAUCACGCAAGAAGUAUUUGAUUUGGACCACAACGCCAUUGAAUUCGGCGAAAGGAGACCCACCAAGAAAAUAACGGAAGAAGAUAUGUCAAGAAGAGUGUUUGAGUUCUUGGAUUAUCUCAACAAUUUGUACGGGCUACAGAGUGUUUCAAACGAUGAGGCUGUAGGCGAGCCUUGUGUUGCAAAUUAUGAAAAGAUUGUUUUCAAUGAGGACUUCUCUUGUGUAGUCUUUGACAAGAGAAUGUUAAGGGGAGAGCUUGCAGUGCCGAAUGAUGGAGCUGCUGUUACUUCUAGUUUUGUUGAAGAAAUCAAAUUAAAUGAUGAAGAAAUCGUAUCAAAAGAUGCUAUUGUGGAUUGGUUAUUGAAGGGUGGUACUAAUAUUGGGGAGCAAUUAAAGCAAUGGGAAAGUUUUAGAGAAAUUAGUAAAAGUCAAGCGAUGAAGUUUUUCAAGAUCUAUCGGGCUGAAUUUCACCUGAUACAGAGCAUUUGUAAGAAAAAAUUUGAGUGUUUGAGAGACAUUUUGCUGUGGCAGAAUUUAGAGAGUAUAUGUGUUAAAGAAGAUAAGAGAAGAGAAGAGUUUGCAGGGGACAAACCAUUGAGUUACAUGUCUCUCUUGUUAAAGAGACAGAGGGAGAUUAAGAGCACAAAUGGUUAUAAUUUUGAGUCAGAUAUGAUAUUCGAUAUUUUGGGAGAAGAACAAGUUGAGGACAAUGAAAUAAGAUUCGUGAUCAUGAAUCAGAUUAAUAAGAUGGCUGAAAAGCUUUACAAAUUUGAUGCUAUUGUCAGGACGGCUACCAUUGCAAUGCAGCAGACUGGGAAGAAAAUUGAGUCAGUAACUGCUUAUGACUACCGAUCAUAUAUGGUGCCCCUGCUGAAGUCAUUCAUGCGGGCACGCCUGGAGGAUCUGGCUUACAAAGAUGCUGAAGAGAAGUCUAAGGCUGCAACAGAAGCAUUGUUGUCAGAACCUGAUCUUAGUGACAAGAAGGGCCCGGACAAAGGAGGUGGUAGGGCAAGACAAAGACACGUAAAAUCCAAGGAUAAAAAGAAGAAAAAGGAUCACAGAAAGGCAAAGGAACAAAAGGCAAUUGGAUGUGGCAAGGAGCAGCAGGAAAAUGUGGUGCAAAUUUUCUUUACGGCUGCACAAGGCAGAGAUGAUCCUCCUAAUCCUGAGAUUGUUGGUCCGGUACCCAUUGUUCAGUUGGAGCAAGAGGGAUGGAAACUUACGCUUGAACAGGAGAGGGAGCAAAGAAUGCUUGAAGAGCAUUUGCAGUACCAGAGGCAGAUUGAGAAUGAUGCCAAACAAAAGCACCUUGCUGAGCUAAAUAAAGCUGGAAGCAGUGCAGGAAAUAUGGAAAAAAUGUGCCUUAGGCGCAUCAACUUUGAUGACUUUAACUGGAAAUAUUUUUAUCAAGCUCAGGGUGUCAAAUCGGAUGAGAAAUGAAGCAAAUUUGAAGAGUAGCACCCCAGAGAACUUAUCUGACUAGACCCAAUUAGAAGUAAUAAAUUGUCUUUAAUGAAACACCAUCAAUAUUUGAAGAAAGGAUCUUGAUGCAUGUGAUUAAUCUUAGUUGGAAUUGUCCCCUUUCAAUCUUAGUUUGCAUCCUGUUCAGUGCUCUAACACCCUUGCAACUGGCAGCA